CGAACUUGAUCUCAGCCCUGAGCAAGAAAAAAUGCUUUAUGAUCAACCGUUGGAGAAAAAACGUUUGAUGUUGACCGAACAGAGUAUAGUCCGGAGCAAAUAUGAAAUUGGUGAUUUUAAAUCUUGUGCCGAAUAUGUACAAAUACUGAAAAGUUUGGAAAGCAGUUUUUUGGAAGAUGAUGUAACGCUUAGUCAUCUAGAAGCUUUAGCCGUUUCUUUGCGAACCCAGUCACACAGUUUUGUGCAAAAAUUUGUGGAAUCUGAUGGUGUUGAAAGUUUGAGAAGUGUACUGGAGCAAUGCCGAAAUCGUUCAAGUCGUGAUUUUCAGGCUGUUGCCAUACUGCAUUGCUUCAAAGCAUUGCUGAAUUCAUCGGUAGGUUAUUUUUUUUUAUUACUCUGCAUUACUGCUAUUACUGCUGUUACUAUUAACGCUGUACUAUCAAUGUUGUAAGC